ACAUAAUUAACGCAUCAUUACAUCAAUUUUCUGAAAAGCAAGUGAGAUCGAUCAAUUCUAAAACAAGAAUGUGCCUCACGGAACCAAACAUCAACUAGAAACUACGAAUCCCUCCAAAUUCUGAAUUCCCUCUUGCGUGAUCCAACCAUUACUGAAAUUGGGACCAAAGUUUCCUGAGAAAGAACAAAGUGAUUGGUGAUCGAUGAUGUCGGGCUUCAAACUCAGCACCAGUGGUUUCAUCUACAUUCGCACAGCCACCAAAACCAAACCCCUCUCAUGGACCCCUAACACAAGAACAACCCCAACCCAACACCGCCGCAGGUACAUCCCUUCCCUUUCCCCUUCCAAAAACCAAAUUCUAGGGUUUUCACGUUCACACAAAUUGCCAUGUUUGGGAAGAGCUGGUCUUGUCACGGAUUUAGGUUCGCCAGUGCCAUCACCACAGCCUCAACCUCAACCUCAACCUCAACUUCAAGCUCAGUCUAAGCCAGAGCCUGAACCAGAAUCUUCCAAAUUGCUCACUCUGCCAACAAUUCUGACUCUGGGUCGUGUCGCCGCAGUGCCACUUCUUGUUGCUACUUUCUACAUGGAUGGUUGGCCUGGAACUGCGGCUACUACGAGUAUUUUCGUCGCUGCAUCAAUCACAGAUUGGCUUGAUGGCUAUCUUGCUCGUAAGAUGAAGUUGAAAUCUUCAUUCGGUGCAUUCUUAGAUCCUGUAGCUGACAAGCUUAUGGUGGCUGCCACACUGGUCUUAUUGUGUACUAGACCUUUGGAUGCUGGUGUGUUUGGACAAGUGCCGUGGCUGCUGACUAUACCUGCAAUUGCCAUAAUUGGUAGAGAGAUAACCAUGUCUGCAGUCAGGGAAUGGGCUGCUUCCCAGGAUAGCAAGCUUUUAGAGGCUGUUGCGGUAAAUAACUUGGGGAAGUGGAAAACAGCCUCACAGAUGACAGCAUUAACAAUCCUUCUUGCCACCCGGGACUUGAGCCAUGGAGGAGGAGCUGCCAUUUUAGUUGGCUCUGGUGUUGCUCUGCUUUAUACUUCAGCAGGGCUUGCAUUAUGGUCUUUGGUUGUAUAUAUGAAGAAAAUUUGGAGGGUGCUGUUGAGGUAGCAUACCUGAUGCUCCAUGUAUUCAAGUACAUCCACGUACUUCUCUUUUGGCUCUGAUACCAGCAAAACAUUUCACAUUUUCACUGAAGGGGGUUUUGCAUUUUUAGUCGCAUGUAAAUGUAAUUUUUUUUUUCUAAGCAAUUUCUAUCCCCAUACAGUGCCAUUUCUCCUACUCCCUUAUAUUUUUCUGCAUAUUUUUUUGGUCCUCCUUCACCCUAGGAAAGAUAAAAAUAAGGGUCACUAGCCAUGCUUAAACGUUACAGCAGGAUUUUGUUUUAGGUGCUAAAUACAAUUUAGAGCAAUUGUAAGUUUACUAAUUACGAGCAGAGAAAAUUCAGCUGGAAUUAUUAUUGUAUGAUACUUGACCUAUUAAUUUUUUUUUUCUUAUCUAA